AUGAACCCUCAGCCAGAGCUGGGCUGGGGGGGAGAGAGCAGGGCUGGCUAUGCGGGGAUCUGCCCUGGGGAGCAGAGACUCCGGCAUUUGCAGCAGAGGCCGCGCAACAUCCGCUGUGCUGGGGAAGAUCGCUGCGUGCCGGGAAGGGAGCUCCCAAUUGCAGGGCCCCACCCGCCGCAUAUCCCCUCCCCGCCCGGCCAGCCCCAUCCUUUCCCCGCUCCCUCUCGUUAUCCCGCGGCUGGGCCCAGGCCCCUUUACACCCCCAGCCAACCUCCCAGCGCCGCUUUCUCCCCAGGUUAUAACUCAUCCUGCUGCAGUCCCUACCCACCCAGCUCUCCUGACCCCGACUUUCCUGGGGGGGGGCUGCCCCUCUCCUCCUCCGCCUACCCAGCUUGCCUUAUUGGACCCCGCUCCGGGGGUCGGGGAGUGGAUCGGUACCACGCCUGUAGCCAGGACCCCCCCAGCUGUAACUCUCUGGUGGUGCCAGAAGAUAGAGGGGACCUCUCUCAGGAUGUUUACGGUGACACGAAAACUUUUGAGUGGAUGAGAGUCAAAAGGAACCUUCCCAGAACAGUGAAAUCAGGAGACUGUGGCUUUGCUGGGGAGACAAACGCAGUCUCUCCCAGGACAAACUUCAGCACCAAGCAGCUGACCGAACUGGAGAAAGAAUUCCACUUCAACAAGUACCUGACCCGGGCCAGGCGGGUUGAGAUUGCCUGUGCCUUGCAGCUCAACGAAACCCAGGUAAAGAUCUGGUUCCAGAACCGCAGGAUGAAGCAGAAGAAGAGGGAGAGGGCGAGUUUCCCUGAGGGAUCAGCUGGCUGGAAUGGACCGGAGUCCUCCUCUGACAAAUCAGACAUCACCUCCCCAGCUACCUCUCCUAGGAGAAGUAACGAGGCUACCACGCCUCCAAUCUGA